CUCAGCUCAUUUCAUCCGUCUCCCUCUUUCGCCAAAACACAUAUGCUUGAAAUCCUGCAUCAACAACCAUAGCCAUACUUGCUGAUGAUGUUAGCGUUCAAAGUCAUCGUCAUCGGCGGAGGCCCUGUCGGCCUCACUGCUGCGCACGCCCUUCACCACGCCGGCAUCGACUUCGUGGUCCUCGAAGCCCGCGACUCGGUCGUCCUCGACCAGGGGGCCAGCCUGGUUCUGGCACCACACAGCCUCCGAGUGUUGCACCAGUUCGGCCUGUCAAAGCGACUAUCUGAGAUAGGCGGCGAGAUGACCCACUUGACCUCCUUCACGCGGGACGGGUACCAGUUUGCUGAGUCCACGACCCUCCCUCGGAUCUUCAGAAAGAACCACGGAACCGCGCCGGUGUACUUCCAUCGCGCCCAACUCAUUGAGACCAUCUACGACGGACUGCCCCCCGCUGCGAAGUCACGGUACCUUCUCGGCAAGAAACUCGGAAGUAUCGAGACGCAUGACCACGGUGUGCGCGUCACGUGCACCGACGGGAGUUCGUAUGAGGGGUUGAUGGUGCUGGGCGCCGACGGGGUGCACAGCAAGACGCGGACACUGAUGCGCGCGUUAGCGCUGGCCGAGGGACCGCCGCCACAGCCGCAAUGGGAUGACGCGGACCCGUUCACGGCCCAGUAUCGAUGCUUUUGGUGCAGCUUUCCCCGGCCGAGCGCCGCUGACGUAGAGGUGGGCCACGGUUCAGACACACAGUCUAAAGACAUGUCUGUUAUGUUCCUGGCCGGGCAGGAGCGAGGCUGGGUGUUCUUGUACGAGCGGAUACCGACGGGGCCGACGAGGAAGCGGAUGCACUACAGCAAAGCCGACAUGGAAGCGUAUGCGGCACGCUUUGCCGACUUCCCCGUGUCGAAGAUGCUGAAGGUCAAAGACGUGUAUGCGACGCGAUUGACCGAGGGGAUGGCGAAUUUGGAAGAAGGGAUUCUGGCACAGUGGAGCUGGGGCGGGCAGAUCGUGCUGGCUGGCGACGCGUGCCACAAGUUCACCCCAAACGCGGGACGGGGGCUGAACAAUGGGAUCCAGGAUGUGGUGGCGCUGUGCAACGGGCUGCAUGCGCUACUGCAAUCGAGCGGUCCCGACGUGGCACCGCCCAAGACCGCCCUAGCCAAGGUCUUCGAGGAGUACCAGAAGAUCAGGGCCGCGCCUUUGAAGGCCGACGCCGACCAGUCGCUGUCCCAAUCGCGCAUGCACGCCUGGGCGAGUCCGUUCUAUCAAUUUAUGGCUCGCUAUGUUAUGUGUCGGGACUGGGUGAUGAGGUUCCUCUUGAACUUUCUCGGCGCACGAGAGAUGAGAAAAGCCUUGGCGCUGGAUUAUAUCCCCGCGGACGAACCAUACCCUGACGCGCUGGUAAGCUGGGAGCAUCCGCUCAAGAACGAGAUUAAAGCAUGACAGGAUGUAUUGUUUGUUGUGUAAAAUUGUCGCAGAGGAAACUGGGCGUUCUACCCCUGCAACUCCUGGAGCUAUUUAAUAUUCCCAUUAUCGGACUUGUGAUUGCCAUCUCUCCCCAAGCCGCCUUGAUCAUCUUCCUUUCGACAUGGCACACCGAGCAAGACGACAUAGCUCCGACACAAAGUCUCGCAUCAAGUGGAGAUCACCGCACAAGCCGAAGUAAGUGUGUGACCCUGCCGCCCGAGAGAAACGUGCCGCAAUUGUGUCGAGCAAGUGGGUAUCGUCCUCACUCUGCGAGUCACAGGUGUCUUUGAGUACUUUACAGAAAAGAUUCAUAACCCCUGAUAGAACAUAGAAGAUUUCGAACCUGAGAGUAGA